UGAAAUCACAGAUGUCGGAUGUCCAGAGUUCAGGGUCACUGUUAACACUUUGCCAAGAAUUCAUGAUUCUUUAGGUGAUGUCAAAGCAUUUUAUUAUAUUUUGUUAUAUGUUUCCAUCUUAAGCUUCAUAACAUUUUGUGAAUUAGACAAGUGUUAUUUAACAUUCUUUUUGUCAUUCCAGCAAGUGAGGCCUUUGUGAUUCAGAUGUUACAAUAUUCACUAGAGAUCCUCAACAAAUAUAUAAAAAUCUAUUGCUUAUUCUAUUAGCCUCUUAUGGCUAACCUCUAGGAUAGUUCUACGACUAUAUUUUGCCGCUUAGCCAUCAGCAAGCAUAGGAUCUUACAGGGCAAAGUAGAGAACUAAAUGAAUUGAUUUAAAUGUAAAAGCAAAUGAAAAUGCAUGUUACUUUCCUUGUCUAUGAAUGUGUAUCCCUUUAUGUACAGAGACCAGUGGUCACUUCUGUUAAUUAUGAAACAGAUUAAUCCCUAAAUAGCAGAAUAUGUAAAAAAUCACAUGUAUGCAAUUGGUUUAGGAAUGUGCUUUUGUACUUCCACUUGAAUAAAGGUGUGUUUGAUACUCAGAAUCUGUUUCAAAAAAUAUCUAAAGGCCUCAGCCAGAAGCAUUUGAAAAUCUUGGAGUCACCUUCCCGGCUGCAACUCACUUCCUUCCAGAAACCUGCUUCACAACAAGACUGGAUCACUCUCCUUCAUACUGAUACAAAGCUUGCUCUUCCACAGACUUCUGGAACAAAGUCUGAAUGUUUAGGGUCUUAAAGGUUUUUCGAUUGGGAUGUUGUUGGCACAUAAAUAGAUUGAGGUUUCAGAGAGCUAGGCAGAAUAAGUAAAAUGCUUAAAAAAUGAGAAACCAAAAUAAUCCUCAAGGAGAAUUAACUUGUCUCUUUAAGCUUGCAAUAUUUAAUCAGUCCAGUAUGAGUUUGUGUUCUUAUUCUUUUAAUCUUGAAGACUGGGGAAGGAAGAGACAAAAUCUAAUAGUUAAGGUACAUCUAAUUUUAUCUGUCUUCCAUCUGUCCACCAACCUACAUGUAUGUGUAUGUGCAUUCAUAUUCCAACUUAACUGUCACAAGAACUCUGCAAGGGAACUAGCUCUGUAUUCCAGAGGAACUGAGGUAUAGAGAGGUUGAAGAACCUGCUAGGGUCAGUCAGCAAGUUAAUGGCUCAAAGGCCUGACUCCCAAGCUUCCCAUCAUCAUGAUGUUGGUAUUAGACAUCCCAGAACCUGGAGAAGUUUUCUUUGGUAGCUUUCCAUUCCCUGUUACAUCCUCAGUGAUUGACUAUUAUCAGUUUGCAGUUGAUCCUGAAUGCUCCCAGAGCUGUCUGGGAUACUAGGAGACAGUACCUUUGGGGAGCUAGUCAGAGACCCUGCUCCCUGAAACAGGCUUAGAUAGUUUUGUCAAUGACAGGCCACAGGUCAGAGCUCCCAAAUUCUUACCUCCUGUCAAGGUACCUCCACGCCCAUUACUAGAUUUAUAUUUACACUUCUCAGUGCCCAGAAUAUGCUUUUUAUCCUGCUAACUGGAAUUUGCUGAUUGAUGGACUUGUAUUCUUAGGUUUACUAUCACUUCUGGUUAAAUUAUAGCAGUGGAGUAAAGUGGGUAAUGGGAAAAUCAAGUUUGAUUCCUAGGUUUUUGGCUUGAGCAAAAGAGUGAAUAGAGGUAGACUAGACAGAUGGAGACCACUGGAAGAGGAAGGAGCAAGGGGAGGAUUUCAGGCACAAGAGAGCAUGUUGUAAGGGUUUCAGAUGAAGGAGUAUGGCAUCUUUGAGGUAAUUAAGCUCUCUGGAGUAAUGUCUCACCCUAGGAAGUGGGAUGUAGGCAACUGAGGAAAUUUAAGAAUGAAGUUCCAAAGAGGUCCCUGAGGUAUCAUAACUGCAAAGCACAAUGGGAUUCCCACAUCUGAAAAUGUAAUCUCAACGAUUCUUUUCAUUCAUUCAGUAAUACUAUUGCCAGGUGCUAGGAUAUUCAGUAGUAGUAGCCUGUGGGUACAGUUAACAUACAGGAAUCAAACCAUUAAGCAAUGAAGACUAAAGCAGAUUAGUUACCAAAGCAAUGGCUUUGGAAUUAGACUUACCUAUGUACUUUGCUGUUUACUAGCUGUGUGACUUUGGAAAUUUUACUUAGCCUCCCUAGUUCCCUCGCCUGUACAAUGGUUAACAGUAGCAUGAAAAUUAAAUAAGAUAAUGUAAAAGGUACUGGUCAUCUAUUAAGUGCCAAAAAGUUACUAUAAACACCAAUAUAAAAACCAGUGAACAUAUAAGUGUUUGGCAUAAAAUCGAAAAAAGGGAACUAAGGAGCAAGCAGUUAGCAGUGCAGGACUAGCAUUUUCCAUGGGAGUACCCUGGAUUUGGAGAGCUUAAAUAUGAACUUGAGAGACCAUCAGGAAUCCUAGACUGGUAGGAAUUGCCUCCCCUUAGGCACUCCUUACUGGAGUCAUCAAACUGUGACAUCUGUCUCUUUUUGCUAACAUUUGUAUCCUAAUGGUAUUACAUCUUACACUCCCUUCAAAAAUUCAAGUGCAUGGAGGAAUGAGUGUUUAAUCCCAGACCGGAAGGAUGAUUUCAAGCAGAUGGUGCACUGUACAAGUCAAAGAAAUACUGGAAUUUUUCAUUUUGCUGAUGGAUCUCAUUCACUCUUCACUUUUAGAAAAUGGUUAACCUCUUAUAUUUGUAUUCCAUCCAUGUUUAUAAAUUUACAACUUGGGCAUAAUGACAGUGUCUGUCUUUCUUUCCUGCACUUGCUCAUUUACAAAUCUCCACUCCAUCUAACCAUUGUCCUUCCUGGGCGCAGUUUGGACGCUUUGGUUUGAACGGGCCAGGUUUCUAAAUGCUGCCUUUACUUGCUUACAGUCUGCAGUUUCUGGCACUAAAAUUACAAAAAGUACAAACUUCAUGGGAUUGUCGUGAAGAUUAAUGAGAUAAGGUCAGUUUAAGUACUCCAUAGCUGGUAACUGCUAUUUCGGAGUUUAGCAGGAAACUCCCCUUAUCAUGAACAAAUUUCCCUAACAUCUUUACUGUUUCAACACGUCAAAUAUGCCCCUGGCAAACUCCGGGCACUGUAAGCUCUUUGAAUCUUGACCCUAUUUCUAAGGCUUUUCUUCCUCUUUUAGCCCAUUGGUACUGAUAUGUCCUGCUUACUUAUACACUCGAGGCGCAAUUGGGAGGCGCUGGGAGUAGUGAAGGGGGAACACUGGCCAAGUUGAAGCCACAAAAGGAAAGGACUGGCUGGACUGCGGGCAUAGAUAUGAAAUUCGGGCCCCGCAGGGUCCCCGAUUUGUGAUUUGGAAGAAAGAGAGAGAGGUGAAGAUGGGUGGUAAAACGGCAAGGGUCAAGGGAGGAGGCAAAUGGUGUGCACACGGGACAGUGGCGAUGAGAAGGAAACCAAUUUAGACCCUAGGUCCACUUGGGCAAUGAAAGGACAUUGCCCAUCCUCUCUCAAUCCCUCCUUGGAGAAAGACGAACGCCAAAGGAGGCCCCAUCUUCACACCGCUCCCCAGUCCGGCUCCCCAGCGGCCCUGGAGAACCCACGAUCGAGAGGAGACCUCCGAGCUGCCUAGACGGGACCCGGAAGUGCGCGCCGGGGAGCCCGAGUUUCCAGUCCUGCCCCGGGGGCCGAGGUGGCCGUCGUUGCGGAGCGGCUGCGCCAUGACUGCCCGUCCGUUGUGUCGCGCUCUGAAGACAUUUUAGGGGAAGUCUUGGCCUUGGAGCAGCACCGGGGAUUGGACCCAGCCCAUGGAGAAGCUGCCUGAGCAGAUGUCCCCGGAGUCCCUGUGCCCAUCCUCCGAGCAGGAGCCUCGAAAGAGCAAGGACGAGAAAACUGACACCCAAGAAGAAGUAAAUUACCCAAGGACACCCUGCUGGUAAUGGCAGAGCUGGAAUUCGAAUUCAGAUCUGCCCGGCUCGAGAUCACUUCCACCCCGUUUGGCGCACGGGUGCGCGAGGUCCGUUCUGCAAACAGCUCCGGAGGUCAGGUACCCCGGGCCGAGGGCCAGGUCUAUGGUCCUUCGAGUCUGGCCUAGAUCAAUGCACCCCACAAGUUGUAUAUCUGUGGGGCGCAGUCAUCCAGGCCCAGUGCUAAGAGCUGUUCCGAAGGUCCUUCUCACUGUUACCAAGAGCCUGCAAGUUCCUGUCUGUUUUCAUCCCUGAAUCACCCCCAUUGGCCUAAGCUGGUCAUGGGGCGUCCAGUGAUACUGACUUUGGAGGACAAGGACAUGAAGGGGUUCACGUGGGCCAUAGCCCCAGCUUUGACCUCCCUGGGCUACCUGCUUAUACUGCUGGUCUCCAUCUUUCCCUUCUGGGUGCGGCUUGUAAACGAGGAGUCCCAUGAAGUGUUUUUCAGUGGCCUGUUUGAGAACUGCUUCCAUAUCAAAUGCUGGAAGCCUCGACCCUUAUCAGGCUCUGCGGGGCUCUGUCCCUUGUCACGGGUCAGGUGUCCAGCUGCAGCCCAGCCUCCCCUCCCCCACAGUGUACAUCAUUCUCGGCCGCGUUUUCCUGCUGUCCGCGGUUGUCCUGUCUUUCCUCACCACCUUCAUCCUGGUGUCCUUUGCAUCUCAGCUGUUUCCGAGGACCCGGAAGCACAAUUUGGUGUCAGCCUUCAUCAGCUUCCUCACAGGCUGGCCAAGGCCCUACCCUGGGAGGCUCCCAUCACAUGGAGGAGGUGGAACGCUCACAGUGGGAAAAUCAGGUUGAAUUGCACCCAAAGCAUCACACCCAGAGGGCCCCGUCUGGAGUCAGCCAAUGGCACAGGCACAGAGGGGGCCAGUGCCUUCCUGGCCUUGUUGCUGCAUGCCCUGGAGAUCCAGAAUCUGAGGAUGAAGCCCAGCCCCCCCAAGUUCUCGGUGCAGUGGCCUUACUACGUUCUGGGCUUUGCCAUCCUUCUGUUCAUAGUGGCUGGUGCCAUCUGCCUCUUUCAAGAAGCAGCCUGCCUUCGCUGCCGUUUGUUGCCCAAUUCCCAGAGUAUCCAGGAGACCCAAGGGGUCAUACACCUGGAGAAUAUGGAGAGUCUGGGAGGAGACCUGAGCUCAAUACAAAAGGAGACACUGCUGAAGGAAGAAACAAUUAUCUAGUCCAGGAGAGCGUCCUCACUCACUGUGUGAGUGCGUGUGUGGAGGCGUAAGUGGCAACCAGUUUCUGCUGCUUUUGGUGAGCUUCCUGAGUGUCAGAUCCAUGUUCCACUUCCCCACACUCACAGUGAUUCUGUCUUGCUUGUAUUUGCAAUUCUUUAAAACAUUUUUUUGAAUUUU